UACUGGAAAAGCUGAUGUGUCACUGUACUCUUGAGCCUUCCUGUACUCUAGGGAAUUCCCAGGGCUCAAACAGCUUCUUAAGGGAUGAAGACCAGAAGGACGAAUUAAAAGAACAAUUCCGAAAGGUUUUGCCAGGUCCAUAUCCAGAAUGGAGACUUGGAAGGCAUUUUGGGAGUUCAUCUUUCUUGCAGCUAGUUUUGGCUUCAUCAAGUCACAGAGAAUUGUCUGCAGGGAGGCCUCCGUGGGAGAUGUCGUGUUUCUAGUGGACGCCAACAUCAACCCCCAACAUACCCGCAGCGUGCGGAACUUCUUGUACAUCAUGGUAAACAGCUUCAAUGUCAGCAAAGAGUCCGUCCGCGUGGGGCUGGCUCAGUACGGCGACCAGCUCCACUCCGAAUUCCUACUUUCCUCUUACCCCCGCAAAAGCGAUGUGUUGAAACAAAUUCAGAGCUUUCAAUUUAGGCCUGGGGGCCACAGGUUGGGCCUGGCCCUGCAGGUCCUUCUAGAUGAGCACUUCCAGACAACAGCAGGGAGUCGGGCAACCCAGGAUGUGCCUCAGGUGGCCAUGGUGAUCAGCAGCAGCCCCACUGAGGACCGUGUGCGGGAAGCCGCCGAGGCCCUGAAGAGGGCCGGCGUCCAUAUUUUUACCGUUGGUGUCAAAGAUGCAGUUUUGGCGGAGCUCAAGGAGAUUGCGAGCAGUCCGGAGGAGAAGUUCUCUUCUUUUGUUCCCAAAUUCUCUGAUCUGGGCAGUCAUGCUCAGAAGCUGCGGCAACAGCUGUGCAAUACUUUGGCAAAGGCAGCUCCACCUGCUGAUGACGGCUUUCCAGAAUUCUCCCAGGUUUAUGCAGAUGUAGUCUUUCUUGCCGACACCUCACAGGACACAUCAUGGGCCACUUUCCAGUGGAUGCAGAAUUUCAUCUCCAGAGUGGUUGACCUCCUGGAUGUUGGCAGGAACAAGUACCAGAUUGGGCUGGCUCAGUAUGGUGGUCAAGGUCAUACUGAAUUUUUACUCAAUACCUACCAGACCCGGGAUGAGAUGACUGCUCACAUCCGUGACCACUUUUUACCCCGAGGUGGCUCCAGAAGGACAGGCAAAGCCCUGCGAUACCUUCAUCAGACCUUCUUCCAGGAGGCAGCAGGAAGCCGGUUUCUCCAGGGUGUUCCCCAGUAUGCAGUGGUCAUGACCUCAGGCAAAUCUGAGGAUGAGUUCUGGGAUGCUGCACAGAAAUUGAGGGAGAAAGGCGUGAAAGUCAUGUCUGUGGGUGUCCAGGACUUCGACAGGAGAGAACUGGAGGGGAUGGCAACCCCACCCCUUGUAUAUGAGAUGGAAGGACAAGAUGGAGUCAGACAGUUGAUGCAGGAUGUGGGUGUGGUGAUCCAAGGGACCAGGCAGCCUGGGUUUGGGAUUGCAUCUGAGAAGGAGCCUGUAUUAGCAUGUCCGACAACUAUCCCCACUGAUUUGGUCUUUCUCAUUGAGGAAUUCAGUUGGGACAGGCAAUCAAAUUUCCAACAAAUUGUCAAGUUCUUAAAGACCACUGUCAGCUCUCUAAACGUUCAUCCAGAUGGUGUGAGAAUUGGCUUGGUCUUUUACAGUGAGAAACCACGACUUGAGUUUUCCUUAGAUGCAUUUCAGAACCCAGCCCAAAUCUUGGAGUAUUUGGACAAAUUAACCUACCGGAGAAGAAGUGGAAGGACCCAGACUGGAGCUGCUUUGGAGUUCCUAAGGAAUCAGGUUUUCAUUGAGGAAAAGGGCAGGCGGUCCAAGCACGGUGUGCAGCAGAUGGCGGUGGUCAUCACAGAAGGCUUCUCCCAAGAUGAGUUGUCCAAGCCAGCUUCACUCCUCCGUAAGGCAGGGGUUAUCAUCUACGGGGUGGGCACCCACCUUGCCUCAGAGAGUAAGGACCUGGAGACUAUAGCGUCAUAUCCUCCUUGGAAGCACGUCAUCUUGCUGGAAUCUUUUCUGCAACUCUCUGUUGUGGGAAACAAGAUUAGGAACCAGCUCUGCCCUGAGACUGUGGACAGAAGCGUUUCCCUUUCUGGGAUGGGCCAGGAUCCGCAAGAAGACUGUGUACACAUGGAGAAGGCCGAUAUUUACUUCCUCAUCGAUGGCUCUAGCAGCAUCAACCAUGACAAUUUUCUUGAAAUGAAAAUGUUCAUGAAGGAAGCCAUAAAGAGGUUCCAAAUUGGGCCUGACAGAGUACGGUUCGGAGUUGUUCAGUACUCGGAUGAAAUUGAUAUUCAUUUCAUCCUCAACCAGUAUUCCAGUGUGUCAGGGCUGAAGGCAGCCAUUGAUGACAUCCAGCAGAAGAAUGGGGGCACCAUGACUGGUGAGGCCUUGAGCAGCAUGGCUCAGGUCUUUGCGAAUACCACUCGCAGCAAUGUGCCUUGGUACCUCAUCAUCAUCACAAACGGUAAAUCUGAGGACCCAGUGGCUGAGCCUGCAGAGGCAUUGAGGAGAGAUGGAAUCACCAUUUAUGCUAUUGGAGUAAAAAAUGCUAAUGUUAUGGAGCUCAAGGAGAUAGCUAAAGACAAGAUGAUUUUCACACCCGAGUUUGAUUCCUUGAAGGCCAUCCAAAAAGAUGUGGUACAAGACAUCUGCUCCUCAGAGACCUGUAAGAAUAGGCAAGCUGAUAUUAUCUUCCUGAUAGAUGGUUCGGAAUCCAUCUCCCCGGAAAACUUUGAAAAGAUGAAGGGAUUCGUGAAGAGGAUGGUGAACCAAGCUGAUAUUAGUGUUGAUGAAAUUCAGAUUGGCCUUUUGCAGUUCAGCUCAGCCCCCCGAGAAGAAUUUAGGCUUGACCAAUACUCCUCAAAGGUGGACAUCCACAGAGCCAUCUCAAAUGUUCAGCAGAUGAAUGAUGGCACCCGCACUGGGAAAGCCCUGAAUUUCACUCUGCCUUUUUUUGACAGUUCAAGAGGAGGAAGACCCAAUGUUCAACAGUAUUUGAUUGUGAUCACUGAUGGGGUUGCCCAGGAUGAUGUAGUCAUGCCAGCCAAGGCUCUCAGGGACAGGAACAUCAUUAUUUUUGCCAUUGGGGUGGGAGAAGCCAAAAGUGCUCAGCUUUUGCAAAUUACUGAUGACCCACAGAAAGUAUACUAUGAAGAGAAUUUUGAGUCCCUGCAGAACUUGGAGAAGGAAAUUCUUCUUAAGGUCUGCCUUCCACAAGGAUGCAACAUAGAUUUGUCCAUAGGAAUUGAUAUUUCCACUCCCACAAGGCAAGUUGAGCAGAAGCUUCAAGGGUUACUGCCAGAGUUGAUGCAACAGUUGACCUUGCUUUCCAACAUCAGCUGUAGUGAUGCUGGUGGUCUUGACUUGAUGUUCCGCUACUUGGUCCCUGGCUCAAAUGGCCAGCUUAUCUUUGACUCAGGCUUUAAAAAGUAUAGUAAUGAUAUUAUUCAGACAUUCUUAAUUCAUCAGACUGCCACAAGCAACAAAAUGGAUGCGGAUUUUUUGCAGUCCCUUGGAGAUCAUGCUAUCCAUCCCUCUUCUGCUAAAGUGAAGAUCCUUUUAGUGUUUACAGAUGGACUGGAUGAUAGUUUCCAGAAACUGAAGAUAACAUCUGAGCUUCUCCGCAGCAAAGGACUCUCUGGGCUUCUCUUCAUUGGCCUGGAAGGUGUGCAUAAAUUAGAAGAGCUCCAGGAGCUAGAAUUUGGCAGAGGAUUCCUAUAUAACCAACCCCUGAGCAUCACACUGCAAUCCCUCCCAAGCAUCUUACUGAAGCAACUUGACUCAAUUGUGGAAAGAAGAUGCUGCAACAUAUGUAUAAAGUGUUAUGGAGAAGAUGGGUACCAGGGUGAUAGUGGGAACCCCGGGAGCAAGGGAAAGCCAGGUGCUGAUGGAUUACCUGGUCAUCCUGGUGAAGAAGGUGGACAUGGAGAAAGAGGCCCCCAAGGCCUUCCUGGACCCCGGGGUGAGGAAGGUUGCCCAGGUGUGAGAGGACCUAAGGGAGCAAGAGGAUUUUCAGGAGAGAAGGGAAGCCCUGGUGAUGAAGGUGUUGACGGCUUUGUUGGAGAACAGGGUAAUCGUGGAGCCCCAGGGUCAUCUGGAGAAAAAGGAAGUAGGGGAAAUCGGGGCUUGACAGGACCCCCUGGACCUCCUGGAGAGCACGGAGAGCCUGGGUUAAGAGGAGACCCUGGGGAUCCUGGAGCAGAGAGUUACAUCCAAGGCCCUAAGGGAGAAAAAGGAAGGCGUGGACAUAGGGGACGUUCUGGUUUUGAAGGACCUCAGGGGGAGCCUGGAAAUGUUGGCCCUCAGGGGUCAAGAGGAAGACAAGGUGUGCCAGGACUGAAGGGUGUGCAUGGAGAACCUGGUGAACGGGGUUACCAAGGAGAGCUUGGAUACCCAGGCUCACAGGGACUGAGAGGAAGACAAGGAAUACCAGGAAUUUCUGGACAAAGAGGCUUACCCGGUGCUGAGGGAAUUCCUGGGCCUCCCGGGCCAAUUGGUUCCAAAGGAAAAGCUGGACCAACAGGAAUGAAGGGGGAAGUUGGUGAUGUAGGAGCCACAGGCCCCCGGGGUCCACAAGGACUAAGAGGACAACCUGGUCUUUUAGGUCCAGAUGGAUAUGGACAUCCAGGAAGAAAAGGAAAAAAGGGUGAACCUGGAUUUCCUGGCUCUCCUGGUGCACAAGGGGAAGAUGGUGACUCAGGCCACCGAGGAGAGAAGGGAGCAAAGGGAAUCAGAGGGCGGAGGGGUAAUGCUGGCUUUCCUGGACUUAUUGGAACUCCAGGUGACCAAGGCCCUCCAGGACCAGUGGGCAUCAAGGGUCCCAAAGGUUUCGCAGAUAUGAUGCCUUGUGACAUCAUUGCUGUCAUACAAGAGAACUGCCCUUGUUCGACAGGUAUUUCCAAAUGCCCAGCGUUCCCUAGCGAAGUGGUCUUUGCCUUGGACAUGUCAAACGACGUCUCCCAGUCGGAUUUUGAGAGGAUGAGAAACAUUCUAUUGUCUCUGUUGGAGAGGAUGGAAAUAAGUGACAGUAACUGCCCAAUGGGUGCCCGAGUGGCCAUCGUUUCAUACAACGCCAAAACUGACUACCUGGUUCGCUUCUCAGACCACAAGGGGAAGCCCGCACUCCUGCAGGCGGUCAGGGCGAUCCCUCUGCAAGGGUCUUCUGGCAGCAGGAACCUUGGGGAGGCCAUGAGGUUUGUGGCCAGACAUGUAUUCAAACGUGUGCGCUCCGGUCUUCUCGUGAGGAAAGUGGCUGUGUUCUUCCAGGCAGGCUGGUCUCAUGACCAAGAUGCUUUCAGCACCGCCACUCUGGAGCUCAGCGCACUGGACAUCACCUCUGCAAUCAUCACCUUCACAGAGGUGCACAACCUCCCAUAUGACCUGCUGAUGGAUGGAACCAACAGAUUUCAGUUGUUCAUCUGGGAGACCGAGAGGCACCAGGACGUGGAGCACAUGGCCCACUGUACUCUCUGCUAUGACAAGUGCAGACCAGACCCAGAAUGUGAACAGAGCGUGCCAGGACCCCUCACAGCGGACAUGGACAUGGCAUUCGUGGUAGACAGCUCCUAUGGCGUUGGUGCUGAUGUGUACCGCACUGCCCUGAGUCUAGUGGAUGCUGUGCUCAAUGACCUGGAGGUGGCGGCACAGCCCAGCAUGUCCCCCCGUGGGGCGCGUGCUGCCCUGGUGAUGCACACGACUCCAGACUUCUGGCCAGGUGCAGGGAACCCCCCUGUGCUGGAGGGCUUCCACCUAACCUCCUACGGCCAAAAGAUACGGAUGCGAAAGUACAUCCGGGAGGCUUCCCGGCGCAGUCUGCAAGGACCUCCCGCCCUGGGACAUGCCCUGGAGUGGACGCUGGAGAAGGUGCUCCUGGCAGCCCCUCUGCCCCGGCCGGUGCGGGUCCUCUUCGCCAUCGUGGCCAGUGAGACCAGCAGCUGGGACCAGGAGAAGCUAAGAGCUCUGUCCCUGAAGGCCAAGUGCGAGGGCAUCACUCUGUUUGUGCUGGCUUUGGGCCCGGGCGUGAGUACUCAAGAGCUGGCCGAGCUGGAGGGUGUGGCCAGCCUCCCCACUGAGCAGCACCUGCUGCGUCUGGAGGGAAUCUCAGACCAGGAAGUAGCUUAUGCCCAGGGAUUCACGAGGGCCUUCCUGAACAUUCUAAAAAAUGGGAUAAACCAAUACCCAUCCCCUGAGCUCAUUGGAAAAUGUGGAGGUCCGAACCGAGGGGACACCCUGCUGAAACCAUUUAGAUCUAUCAGGAGGUUGCCCAAGCCCCAGUUUGGCAGAUCCGGCUUUGCAGAUGAUCUGGAAGCACUUGAAGGGACAGAUGUUUUGUUAAAGGAGAAUAGAAAAGCCACAAUGAAAUCUGUAAGUUGGCAAGAAGCACUUGAUAGUCAUGAAAAGAAUGGAUAUGGUGCUGAAAGAAAUGGACAAGAAAGGUCUACAAGACGAAAGCAAACUGGAAAAGAAGGAAAUUCAGGCACUGCCUAUGAUCCUUGUUCCAUGGACCCAAUGGCAGGGGAGUGCCAGGAUUAUACCCUGAAAUGGUACUACGACAAGGAGAAGCAGUCCUGCCAACAGUUCUGGUACGGCAGCUGUGGGGGCAACGCUAACCGGUUCGAAACCCAGGGGGACUGUGAGGCGCGGUGUGUCCCAACGCUCCCCUAG